CUUUCUUCUCAAUCAAUACAUAGAUCUUGUUCAUUUACGCGUCGAGGGGUAUUACAAUGCACGGACUUAUCUCUCAUUUGUGGGGGGUUCGAAUUGAAUCUAACGGUAUAUAUCGGAUUGGAAGCUGGCUCUGAUUUUCUCGAGAUGACUGCACAGAAGCAGAGAGCAACAAAUAACGGAAAGAGAUGGUAGUUAGCGGGUGGACAAUACAACAAGCGACUCUUGAGAAAAACAGAACACUUUUGGUUUUACAUGCUGGGCACCUAUUUCAAACUAUCUUAAUAUAUAUCUAUUUAAUAUAAUUAUAUAUAUUAAUUCUUGGCGACAUAGCUGUGACUUUUGUUUUUGAAAAUAAAAAGUUUUGUUUAAUAAUCGCUUAUAUACAAAUUUCGUUUGAAUAAUCAAACCCGUUUAAUUCAUACCUGAUAUUUUCUUAUUUGUUCAAUGGUAACAAAUCACGCCGGAAAUGGAUUCCGUUUAAAAAUCCGUCAUCUUUAAUUUAAGGUAUUUGCUGAUAAUAUCUCGCUCAACGUCGUGUGCAACCUUUGUUAAAGUAUAUCCCGAUCAUCAUCACACCUGGACUCUCUCUCCAAAAUUGUGACUUUGUGAAUUAAAAUGAUGGAGAAACUGUAUUAUUCUAGCUCGGGCCCGCUGGAGCCUUCACCGUAUCGCCCACGUAGCCCUCCCUGUGGACCGGGGGAACGAACAUUGAUCCCGUCCCACUCUCUACCAGCUCACUCAUCUUUACCGGGUUACGACAGCAACCAUACCCCAGUGCACCUCAGCGCCUACAACACCGGCCCACAACCUAUGAAAAACCUUCCACUUUAUCCUGAAAGUGAUUUCACGAGACCUCAGACGAAUCACAUGACCACACUUCAUUCACCUGUUAUGUUACCAAGGAAACCGCUUAGUGAUUAUCCUCUGAGUGGGGUAUCCAACAUCCAUCAUCACUAUCAUCAUCAACCCCCUCAACCAGUCGACAAUCCAAGCCAUCACGGAGCUGUUCUACCCUAUUCAGAUUUAUUGCGUGAAGGCUAUGGUGUCCAAGGCUCAGAUCAGCAAGGCUAUGGUGGCUCAUGGCAGAAGUCUCCCACUCUGAAUGGUACAUCAGGUAUCCUUCCAUGUUCCGAUGUCCUCCCUCAUCAUCAGCCGAACUUCCUCAACUCUUCCUCGGCAGCGGCUGCACGAUCUCAGUCCGCCCACAGUCCCGGUCACCACACCAACCACCCCACGGUCCACCCCAACCAUCAACAAGUCUCACCCUUCGUCUCCACAGCAUCCACGCCUACUUCAGUGGGCGGGGCUACCUAUGAAGACUACGCCUCCAAGCUGCGCUCUUCGGCCGAUGAGAGCCGUUUCUCCCUGCCGUACACGCCCACCCCGCCCGCAUGGCGCACAAACCACCAUCACCAUGCAUCACAGCCCAGCGUCCCUCCACCACCGCCUCCUCCACCUCUCUACUUCUGUGGGAGGAUGGUCCAAGUCAGAUCCAACAAAAAUAAGAGCGAACACAAGAAAAGUAGUAACCAAUGCAACAUAUGCGGUAAGUCUUACGCAAGGCCAAGCACGCUGAAGACACACAUGCGAACCCAUUCGGGUGAGAAACCUUAUCACUGUCCAACCUGCCAGAAGUCUUUCUCUCAAACAGCAAACUUAACGGCUCAUAUGAGAACACAUUCAGGUGAAAAACCAUUCAGAUGCCUCAUCUGUAACCGACAAUUCUCUCAGAGUUCAUCGGUCACUACGCACAUGCGUACACAUUCUGGAGAGCGCCCCUACCGGUGUGCUUACUGCAGGAAAGCCUUCGCUGAUAGCUCCACCUUGACGAAACAUCUUCGCAUCCACAGUGGGGAAAAACCCUACCAAUGUAAAAUAUGUCUCCUCAGGUUUUCGCAGAGUGGCAAUCUAACGAGACACAUGAAGGUCCACAAGAACGAGUAGAAGUAUCUGAUCCAGACUCUGGAGUCGCUCUGGGUGGACUGCAGUCAGUCAGGAAUGAAUCCAUCCCGUCCCAUGUUCAGCUGGCGUUCGUCCGCUACUGUCUUGUAGAGGAUGUUUACCUGUCAAGCUAUUCUGUACUCAGAGUCGCCUCUAUACGAUCUAUGUGUUCACCCGAGACUAUCCUGGGUGGUUCUUACCUGGUCUUCCUCUAUCCCUGUCCACCGAAAGAAAGUGCGUUCAUCUUCCAAGCUAUCCCAUACUCUGAGAAACGUCUGUAAAGUCACCCAGUGUUCACCUGAGACUUUCCUGGAUGAAUCUUACCUGAUCUUCCUCUAUUAUUUUUAUUACUGUCCAUCG